AUGGCGUCCAGCGCAGCGAGAUGGAUGGCACUUCUUACGGCGGUCAUGUCGUUUUGGGCCUGUACACCCAGCUUUGGUGUCCCAGCCUCGAGGCAAGAGCCGCUCAGUGUUGUCAGGGAAAGAACUGGGCUGAGCAUGAGCCAAAAAGCUCCGAAAGGGACCUUCGAGCUGUCUCGGGAAGAGGAACUACUCGCGAGCAGGCUUUCAGAGCUGGGAAAGAAAGGCGACUGGCAAUCAGCCCGUCGUCUGUAUGGAAGCUACACAGGUUCUGGCGUCCCGGUGCUGAAUGCAGCAAUGCAGGCAGCUUACCGUUGCGGGCAGUUCCAGGAAGCAGCCAGAAUCUACAAAAAGCUACGGAAUCUGCGUGUCGAGGUGAAUGCGAUUAGCCUGCAGGUGGGUCUGAAGAUUUUUGGUAAGUUGCAAGAUUCUGCCAUGGUUGGGGCGAUAUGGGCUGAGGCCAUAGAACGCGAAUGGGCUGAUCGAUUCACAUGUGGUGCUCGCAUUGAUGCAGCAGCUUACACUGGGGACGUCGAGGGGGCAGCGACUGUGCUAGAUACCAUGUUUACCCGAAAGAUUGAGGUUGACGUGCAAAAGUUUAGUUCAGCGAUCUUAGCUUGUGCUAAGGCAAAACGGCCUAGCCACAACGCAGCCAUGUACCUGUUCAAUACCAUGUUGGACAACGACAUAUCACCGACGAUCGUGACCUUCACCAAUUUGGCACAGGCGCAUGUGAAAGCAAGUCUUGAGCAGAUCCAGCGUGUCCGUGCGUUGAUGAAAGAGUACAAGGCCCCUUGCGACGCAGUUUUCGCUGAGUCGUAUUUGAAUGCCCUGCUCCAGGGACGUCGGGUCCCUACUGGUACUGGUUCCAGUGUUCAAGCCCUCACCGCGAAACUUGCAGAUUUGCCUGAGCGUGAAGGAAGGUUGAAAGAAGCCCAGAGCGCGCUGCUCGAGAUGCAAGCUGCCAACGUCAAGGUGACCGCACUAUGUCAGGCAUUCCUGGGGUAUGUGCAGCAAGCGGGCUUGUGA